CUGCACCAGUCACAAACGUCAAGUGUCAGUCAUUGGAUGAAAACGAAGAGUAAUCGGCGGAGAAAUUUAGACGGAAAAAACGAAUUGUAUUAAUAUAUACAAUUGUUGCAGAAAAUAAAAGAAAUUUUAUUGCAAAAGUGUUUUUUUACUACAUAUACGGUAGAUAUCUUAGUAAAUAAGGAGCGUAGAGUUAAUGUACGCGUAGUGAAAAGUGUUAACUGGUAAGGAGCUUGGCCAAUUGAUUAUAUGGGACAACUUUGGAAAAUUGUGUGUGUUUUGCAAGUCCGAUGUAUACGUACAAAAGUGUGCAAAAAGCCUGGUGACCAGUCAGGUAACAAAUGCAAGUAUAGUAUUAAUUUCGUCGUCGCAAGGCUAUCCACGUAACUUGCUAAUCAGAACCCACAUUUCAUCCUAAUUAGAAAACGCUUAGCUGGUAUUGUAAAUGCAUUGAUAUCAGUAAAUAUUAAUUUUUUUAUGUAAAUGUUUAAACGAAAAUAUUCUUGGGUUUGUGCGCAACUUCCGGUGCCGUAAUAAAGUAAAAUAUUUAACAAGUGGCGUAAAUUGUUGCUCUAUUCAUAUUUGUAUUGUGCACUUUUUAUACAGUUACAAUGCAAGCGGUGGUACUGGCAGAUUGCUGGAUAAAAAGUCAGUAGUCGCGUGUAUGGAGAAAACAAGUUUACCUGUGUAUAUGCAGUUUCGCCUUGUGAACGGCAAAAUAAAUAUAAUCAUGCUACUAUUCGACUCUAAAGAUAUAUGUAGAAAUCUUGUGAUUACAUGUGCGCAAAGAUUCGAAUAAGAAAAGAACGAAGAGCGGGCUUGGAAUAGCUGCAAAUAUUAAUAUAAAAUAUAUUGAAUUGUAUAAGUUGAGCGAGACGACUGCGCGUUUCAAGGCCUGCCAACAACAGCAAACGAUCUACAUUGCGGAUUGAAAAUAUUAUUGGUCAUUUGCAUUUUAAUACGCCGUCACGUUAAUACAAGCAACUGUUUCACGCUCGAUAAGAACGAGAGGAAUACGACGAAAGAGGCACAAAGUAUGCUGCAAAUAUUGAAGAAGUUGGUAAAAGCGAACCAGUAGAUCUGUGCGCGUAAAUAAACCGAACAAAUAUAUAAAAUCAACUAAAACAAAAGAAAAAGAAAAUAAAAAAAACUUGUAAAGAAACCGUUCAACAUUUGCUCGUAUUACCCAUUGACCAAGAGACCUACUGAUGUGGCCAACUUGUGCGCACAGCUGAUCGACGACGCGGUAAACAGUGAGCGCUGUAUGACGUCAGUAAUUCAUAGUAGCUGUAGUGCAUGAAAAAUAAUAAAUAUUUUAAAAUAUUCACUAAACGGGCUAAUAGACGGUGUAGUAAAAAUACAAUAAUACACUUACAUACAAUCGAAAAUAUGAUUAGAAAACAUAAAAACUAUUAAAGCAACAAUAAUCCGCCGUCAACGAUCGUCGCUCACCGUUCGCCAGCGUGUUCAAGGCGCUAAAACGCCACGCAAACGAAAUAUUCCCAUGCGCUUUUUAUACAAAAACAAUAACAAUAAAAUAAAACCAAACAUAAACAAUCCAAAUACACACAAUAAAUCAGCGAUGAGCGUAAAUUUUAAUUUGUAGCAACCAUAAAAAGCAAAUUCAUCAGAAAAAAAAACACACACACUCGAAUGUCACAGCCAAAAAGCACUGAGCUCAAUUUCCAAGAAGGCGACGAUAACACCCGAAAUAGAAAUUAAUUAAAAUUGAAUUUUGCCAACAAUUUAGAAGCGUUAACAAAGUACUGUUAUCUCAAACCGGAAGAAUUCUGCAUAUCUACAUUUGGCACGCUGAUAGUGUUAGCAGCGCUGCGCCAGCCAUUCCCACACAAAGCAACAACGGUCUCAAAGCGCAAACGGCAGUCUGCAACUAGCAGGCCUCUGAGCCAUAUACACACCCACAAGUCGUCACCUCCACCACCGGAAAGCAUGUCACAAGUGCCAACGCAAUUUAAACUCAUCCUCACCGUGCCGCCGUCAAGUUGAAUGCCAACAUCUGUGUGUUCAACAAUAAUACACCAUCAUAAUUUAUAAAAUACUCACCAUAAUUUGUUGCUAAAAACCCAAGUUGUUUGUUGUUUCUACACGCGUAUCUUUUUUUCCUCGUUUUAGUUCAUAAUUUGAUUGGUGAUGUGGUGCUCAUAAAUUUAAUCAACUAUUUUAAGCUGUUACGAUUAGCGUUUAAGUGCAAUUCAAAGGAGUAGAGCAGAGAGAGCAAAAGUAAUUUAAACAAAAACACAAACUCAUUUUACACAAACAUCAAUUCAAAUUGCAUACCCGCACAUACACAUACAUACAUUUGCGCAAUAUGUCCGCCAUGAAUUUUACACGUAAACUGCGCGGUCGCAUGCGCUCCAAUACCUGCCGCAUCGUUUUGCUCACCUCCUUGGUGUGGGUGAUUGUGGAUUUUGUGCUAAUCGCCCGCUAUUCGGAUUGCAUUGGACGCGACGGUUGGCGGUGUAAGCGACCCGGGGAGUAUGAUGUGGAGGUGCCAGAUGCACAAAAGCUUGUCGACGAACAAAAUAUGGUUGAUGACAAUGAAAUUAACACAGAAAAGAGUUUGGACGGCGGAGAUGCUGGCGGUGUGGGUAAGGGUCCCGGUGGCUUUGCGGGCGGCGGUAUUUCGAUGACAUAUCGCAGUACGUUAUUGAAGAAAUGGCGUUCGGCGCCAACGGUUAAGGAGGAGAAGGGCAAACAAGGCGAAUUGGGUAAACCAGUUAAAAUACCACCAGAAAUGAAGGAUCUGAUGAAGGAGAAAUUCAAAGAGAAUCAAUUCAAUCUACUAGCCAGCGAUAUGAUCUCAUUGAAUCGUUCGCUGACCGAUGUGCGGCAUGAAAAUUGCAAGAAGAAGCUUUAUCCAUCGAAACUGCCAACAACCUCAAUUGUGAUAGUUUUCCACAAUGAAGCGUGGUCAACGCUGCUCCGCACCGUUUGGAGUGUCAUCAAUCGGUCGCCGCGCACCCUACUCAAGGAGAUUAUACUUGUGGAUGACGCCAGCGAGCGUGAUUAUUUGGGCAAAAAGCUGGAGGACUAUGUGGCGAAAUUACCGGUGCAUACAUUUGUGCUGCGCACGGAGAAACGCUCUGGCUUAAUACGCGCCCGUCUGCUAGGCGCCGAGCACGUGACGGGUGAAGUCAUCACAUUCCUGGAUGCGCAUUGCGAGUGCACAGAGGGUUGGCUGGAACCGCUGUUAGCACGUAUUGUGCAAAAUCGUCGCACCGUGGUGUGCCCCAUAAUUGAUGUGAUCUCCGAUGAGUCUUUCGAAUAUAUAACUGCUUCGGACUCAACGUGGGGUGGUUUCAAUUGGAAAUUGAAUUUCAGAUGGUAUCGUGUUCCUCAACGUGAAAUGGAGCGUCGCAAUAACGAUCGUACAGCCCCAUUGCGCACGCCCACCAUGGCCGGUGGCCUGUUCUCGAUUGACAAAGAUUAUUUCUAUGAAAUUGGUUCAUAUGAUGAAGGCAUGGAUAUAUGGGGUGGUGAAAAUUUAGAAAUGUCCUUCCGGGUCUGGAUGUGUGGCGGUGUGCUCGAGAUUGCGCCCUGUUCGCGUGUGGGUCACGUGUUUCGUAAAUCGACGCCGUACACCUUCCCCGGUGGCACAACGGAAAUUGUCAAUCAUAAUAAUGCGCGUUUGGUUGAAGUGUGGCUGGACGAUUGGAAAGAGUUUUACUACAGUUUUUAUCCAGGUGCACGCAAAGCUGUGGCCGGCGAUGUGAGCGAUCGACGAGCGCUGCGCGAACGUUUACAAUGUAAGAGCUUCCGCUGGUAUUUGGAGAAUAUUUAUCCGGAAAGUUUAAUGCCACUAGACUAUUACUAUUUGGGCGAGAUUCGCAACGCCGAAACGGAGACCUGCCUCGACACUAUGGGUCGCAAAUAUGGCGAAAAGAUUGGCGUCAGCUAUUGCCACGGCUUGGGUGGCAAUCAAGUGUUCGCCUACACGAAACGACAGCAGAUCAUGUCGGAUGAUCUCUGCUUGGACGCAUCGAAUGCGAUGGGUCCGGUAAAUAUGGUGCGUUGCCAUAAUAUGGGUGGCAAUCAAGAGUGGGUUUAUGAUGCAGAGGAUAAAACGAUACGACACACCAAUACUGGCAAUUGUUUGCAACGUCCGUCACGUAGUGACCCGGUGACGCCGCUGUUACGGCCAUGUGAUUACUCAAAGGGUCAACAGUGGCUGAUGGAAUCUAAAUUUAAGUGGCAAGCACAUUAGUUGUUGUUGUUUCUAAUCAUGAUAUUUACAAUUAGUUAGAUAGAUAGUUGUCAUAUAUAUAAAUAUAUAAUUUUUUUUAUUACAUGUUAGUUAACUUUUUAUUGUUUCACACUAACAUUUGCUGAUACAUACUAUAACUAUUAUAUAUACAUAUACAUACAAAAGGUAUAUGCAUAUAUACAUGACUUUGACUACUGAUUUUUGUUUUUUACUAUUAAAAUUUAUUUGUUCUAAAUAUUAAGCGAUGGGACUAUUGUAAAUUUUGUUUUUAAAUUUGUGCAAGCAGCAAGAAAAUCUCAAUCUCCACUGAAACAGUAUGUACGCGCAAACAUACAUACUUACAUAUGUGAGCAUGUACCGAAAAAAAUAUAAAUAUCAAGUUAAUCGUAAACAAGAAAUAUGUGCAACAACAAAGUAAUUGAUUAUCUUUGUAAAGUCUUCCCUAUGAUUAAAGAAAAAAAGAAAAUAUAUAAAAAAUAUAUAUGAAACAGACAUGCAAACCACGCCAGACACACAUACUUGUAGCAUUGUGUGAAAAUAUAUCCAGCAUUGACAUAAAGUGCAAAAAAAUGUUUCAGCAAAUAACAAUGUUUCUGUAAAUAUGAAGAAUUUCCGCCAAAAUUCACGUAAUGACAAUUUUUUUCAUAAAAGCCACACAAACACACACAUAAAAUAUUUAAAACGUCCAUUCCAAAUGAAAAGUUAGAAACAACAGGUUUUGUGGUAAUUUUUU